AUGAGUGCAGAAGUAGAAGAGGCAUCCCCUGAAUAUGUCCCAAUCACAGUGGAGUUUAGCGGCGGACUGGAGAUGCUCUUCUCCAAUGAACGCAAACUGAGUCUGUCCAUACCCCGAAGGGACAAGGAUGGCCAGAAGGCGAAUGUUGCGUUCCUGAUUGAUUAUCUUUGCCAAGAUUGUCUAAAGGAUCCGCGGAAAGACCUCUUCGUCUUGGACGGAUCAGUUCGUCCCGGCAUUCUUGUACUGAUCAACGACGCCGACUGGGAACUGGAGGGUGAAGAGAAGUACGAGCUCCAAGACAAUGACAAUAUUCUGUUUGUCUCGACGCUUCAUGGCGGAUGA